AUGCUUUCAAUAGAAAUUGUAGAGAAUACAUUUAUCUUUCAAACAAAAUCCGGCAUUCGGAGGGCUGACCCAGAUAAGCUCCGCGAGGUGUUUAACAGAUUCGCCUCAGUAGAGAAAGCCGAUCAACGGUACAUGACAAAUGAAGAUUUUAUCCGCGGAUACCUUGGCCUGUACAAUGAACCGGAUUACAACCCAAACACUGUUAAACUUCUGGGCAACAUUUUGGACACAUCAAAAGAUGGACUCAUUUCUUAUCAAGAAUUUGAAGCUUUUGAGGCUGUUCUCUGUCAGCCAGAUGCAAUCUACCGAGCUGCCUUUCAACUUUUUGAUACCAACGGCAGCGGGUUUGUUACAUUUGACGAGUUUGAAGACAUCAUCAAGAUGACAACCCUACACGGCCGGAUUCCCUUCGACUUCAAGUCGGAUUUUGUGCGACUCCACUUUGGUGAAAAUCACAAACGCACGGUCAACUUUGCUGAAUUCAGCCAAGUACUUCAUGACUUUCACGAAGAGCAUGCCGUACAGGCGUUUAAGUUGCGCGACACCAAACAACAGGGUGUCAUCUCGGCUAUGGACUUUAACGACAUUAUGAUCAACUGCAAAAGUCAUCUAUUGUCUGAUGAUGUUCGGCGAAAUCUGGUGGCAGUUGCUGGUGCCGGUACCGGUGGCCACCAAGUUACCUUCCCCUAUUUUAUUGCUUUUAACACUCUUCUAAACAACAUGGAACUUGUCAAGCGUCUGUACCUCUCCUUCAGUAAGGGUAAUCUUCACCUGGAAAUGACCAGAGAGGAGUUGCUCUACGCCAGCCAGCAAAUGUCGCAAAUCACACCGCUUGAAAUUGACAUUCUCUUUCAACUUGCCGGCACGAUUCACCAGUCAACUGGUCGCAUCAACUACGAUGACUUGGAGCGCAUUGCCCCUAAUCGGCCCACGAAGUACCUGGCAAGGCCAAUUGCUGAAGUGAAAAAGGCGGGAAAGAAAGAUCACGAGUCAGGAGAUCGAAGUGUUUCCAUUCAAAUUUUGGAAAGCGUUUAUCGUUUUGCACUGGGCUCUAUUGCCGGUGCCACUGGUGCUACUGUUGUCUACCCCAUUGACUUGGUUAAAACCCGUAUGCAAAAUCAACGUAGUGGCUCCAUUAUCGGUGAACUGAUGUACCGAAACAGCUGGGACUGCGCCAAGAAGGUCAUUCGACACGAAGGUAUCUUUGGCCUGUACAGUGGCCUCCUGCCGCAACUGGUCGGCGUCUGUCCGGAGAAGGCCAUCAAGCUGACGAUGAACGAUUUUGUGCGAGACAAGCUGACAUCCGACAAGGGCGAGAUCACCUUCUUGCACGAAUGCAUUGCUGGUGGCACGGCUGGCGCUUCGCAAGUCAUGUUCACCAAUCCCCUCGAGAUUGUUAAGAUCCGCUUACAAGUAGCUGGUGAGAUUACCACUGGUCCAAAAGUGUCGGCACUUGGCGUCAUACGCGAACUGGGACUGAGAGGCCUAUACAAGGGAUCGAAAGCAUGCUUUCUGCGAGAUAUUCCCUUUUCGGCGAUUUACUUCCCCACUUACGCUCACUGUAAACUAAAGUUUGCCGAUCAAGAUGGCCACAACAGUCCUGGAACACUGCUUUUAUCUGCUGUCAUUGCCGGCGUUCCUGCGGCCUACAUGGUUACACCGGCGGAUGUCAUUAAGACUAGGUUGCAAGUUGCAGCCCGCGCAGGCCAGACCACCUACUCGGGAGUCAUUGAUGCUACUAGAAAAAUUAUGAAAGAAGAAGGAUUUUCUGCUUUUUGGAAGGGCGGUCCAGCUCGCGUUUUUAGGUCAGCCCCACAGUUUGGCUUCACUCUGCUCACUUAUGAAAUUUUACAACGCGCUUUCUACAUUGAUUUCGGUGGUCGAAGACCUACUGGCUCGGAGACAGCUGCUCCUAAGGCAAUUGAAACCAAAUCUGCCAAUCCUAAUCACAUUGGAGGCUACCAACUUGCUCUGGGCACUUUCACAGGAAUGGAAUCCAAGUUUGGCCUGUACUUUCCUAAAUUCCGUCCUAACGUCGUGCCUUGA